AUAUUUUAAGAAGAAUAUUGAAAUAAAAAAGAUGAGAAAGCACAUAGAGAUCGAUGAUUCAGAGUCGAUAUUUGAGAGAGAUCCAGCACAAAGCCAGACCAUGAAUGGCUUCAUGAGAAAAAAGACUCACAGAAGGCAUGAAUCGAUGGUUGAUAGAUUUCCCGAGUUGACAAAUCUUCAGACAAAUAAUAUGAACCAAAAUCAUGAAAGGAUGAGCUCAAUAAAUUUCAGGAAUAUAAAGGGCCAGGCAUCUCCUCGAAUUCAGCCUACUUUUUGUAAAACAAAGAAGCUGGAAACCCUCAGGCUACAUGCAAACCGCUCGGUGAAAGAGCCUCUCAAUAAAGAAUAUGGUACCCCACUGAACAAACAAAGAUUCACGACUAGAUGGGCUCAGGACCCAAAAUAUAUAGGCAUUCUUCAAAAUUUAAAGUUCAAAAGAUCUGCUAAAAAGAUCAAUUUUCUGAAAAAGAAAAGGAAUAAAAAUACAGUAGUUAAUCCUCUUCUUCAAGCUCAAGAGGAUUACUUAAAAGAAGCUUCUCAAAGAGGUGAGACUAUGAGAAAUAUUCCUUCUGCAUUGGUAGAUACAGAGAAGGGUAUAAUUCCUAAUAUGACUCAAAGAGAAAUAAGUCAUCCCUGCCAAGCUCCAAGAAAGCAUCAUAUCAUGGGUAUUAAGUCAAAGAAUGCCAAACUGGACUGAAUGAAGAUUUCUCCUACAUCUUCCCUUCAGACAAGAUAUCAGCUAGCAUUCAAGCAUGAGCCUAUCAAAGAUGAAGUUGAAAAUGACAGGACUUAUUACAGAAGGAGAGAUGAGAUGGCAGAGUUCAAUGAAUCAUAUGUUAAGGUUAAAGGCAUGACUAGGCUUAUUGUCAAGCCCAGUCUUUUGAAAUAAGUAGAAAACAAGGCAAUAUUUGUCAUCAGGAUUAAUAG